UCCGAGUGCAGCCUCCCAGCUCCCCACCGGCCCCGGGGUCGGUCUCUCCUGACCUCUCGGUGAGCGAGGGAUUGCGAGCCAGGGAGGGAUGGGAUCUGCGGGAGCCUCUGCCAAGAGCUGGCUCCAGAUCCGCAGGCAGCUCUGGGCUGCAUUUCCCCUCCGGCGCGAAGAGGAGCUGGGGUGUCCGGGGUUCACUCCUCGCUGACACCGACCCCCCGAGACCCUCACCGGCACGUCGGGCCCCGCGGGGAGUCCCAUCUCUGUCCUCCCCUCCCGCCUUCGCUGAGCCCCAGCUCCUCGCCCGGAGGAAGGGUGCACGUUGUGGGCAUCUCCCAUCCACCGAAAUCUAUGAUCAGCUCGGUGUGUGUCUCCUCCUACCGUGGACGCAAGUCUGGGAACAAACCACCCUCCAAAACAUGCCUGAAGGAAGAGAUGGGCAAAGGGGAAGAGUCGGACAAGAUCACCAUCAACGUAGGUGGCACCCGGCAUGAGACCUACAAAAGCACCCUGCGGACUUUGCCGGGCACCCGCCUGGCCUGGCUGGCCGACCCCGAUGCCCAGAGCAACUUUGACUUUGAUGGCAAAAGCAACGAGUUCUUCUUCGACCGGCACCCCGGGAUCUUCUCCUACGUGCUCAACUACUACCGCACCGGGAAGCUGCACUGCCCCGCGGACAUCUGCGGGCCCCUCUUCGAGGAGGAGCUGACCUACUGGGGCAUCGACGAGACCGACGUGGAGCCCUGCUGCUGGAUGACCUACCGCCAGCACCGCGACGCCGAGGAGGCCCUGGACAUCUUUGAGAGUCCCGAGCCUGGCGGAGGGGCUGGUGGAGAGGAGCCUGAAGAGGAAGGGGGCAGGGAGAUGGCCCUUCAGCGCCUGGGCAUGGAUGACAGGCCCCCAGGGGCGGCAGGGGCGGCUGGAGGGGGUGGCUGCUGCCGGAACUGGCAGCCCAAGAUGUGGGCGCUCUUUGAGGAUCCCUACUCGUCCAAGGCGGCAAGGGUGGUUGCUUUCGCCUCGCUUUUCUUCAUCCUGGUCUCCAUCACAACCUUCUGCCUGGAGACACACGAGGCCUUCAACAUCGACGUCAACGUGACGGAGACCCUGGUGGUUGGCAACACCACGACGGUGCUGCUGACCCACAAAGUGGAGACGGAACCCAUCCUCACCUACAUCGAAGGGGUCUGCGUGCUGUGGUUUACCCUCGAGUUCCUGGUUCGCAUCAUCUGCUGCCCAGAUAAGCUUCUCUUCAUUAAAAACCUGCUCAACAUCAUUGACUUCGUGGCCAUCUUGCCCUUCUACCUGGAGGUGGGUCUCAGUGGCCUGUCCUCCAAAGCUGCCCGGGACGUGCUGGGCUUCCUGCGGGUGGUGCGCUUCGUCCGCAUCCUCCGGAUCUUCAAGCUGACGCGGCACUUUGUGGGUCUCCGGGUGCUGGGCCACACGCUGCGGGCCAGCACCAACGAAUUCCUGCUGCUCAUCAUCUUCCUCGCCUUGGGGGUCUUGAUUUUCGCCACCAUGAUCUACUACGCCGAACGGAUCGGAGCCAAGACGUCCGACCCCACCGGGAGUGACCACACUCACUUUAAGAACAUCCCCAUCGGCUUCUGGUGGGCCGUGGUGACGAUGACGACCCUGGGCUAUGGUGACAUGUACCCCAAGACCUGGUCGGGGAUGGUGGUGGGGGCCCUGUGCGCCCUGGCCGGGGUGCUGACCAUCGCCAUGCCCGUGCCCGUCAUCGUCAAUAACUUUGGGAUGUACUAUUCCUUGGCCAUGGCCAAGCAGAAGCUGCCAAAGAAGAAGAAAAAGCAUAUACCCCGUCCGGCCCCGCUGGACUCCCCCACCUACGGCAAAUCCGAGGAGAACUCGCCCCGGAACAGCACCCAGAGCGACACCUGCCCACUGGCAGUAGAGGAGGGGGCGACUGAGCGGAAACGGUCAGACUCCAAGCAGAACGGCGAGGCCAACGUGGUGCUGUCGGACGAGGAGCAGCCGCUGUCCCCGACGGACGAGGAGAAGCGGCCGAUGCGGCGCUCCAGCACCCGGGACAAGAACAAGAAAUCCUCCACGUGCUUCCUGCUGGCCACGGGGGACUUCUCCUGUGCAGCAGACGGAGGCAUCCAGAAAGAUUCCUGCCAGGACACCCUCGCUUCCAGCUACCCCCAGGGUGAGGUGGUCACCUUCUCCUGAGCCCCAGCUGGACGCAGGCACUGCCCUGGCGAGGGAUGCCUUCCCCAGGGGAUGCCCUCCCCAGGGGAUGCCUUCCCCAAGGUGAAGGAGGCUCUUCCUGGGGCCAAGGGAUGCUCUUCCUAAGGCUAAAGGAUGCAUUCCCCCAGGGCUGCUCUCCCCAAAGCCCAGGGAUGCUUUCCCUCAGGCUGGGACAUGCAUUCCUCCAGGGAUGCUCUCCCCAGGGCCAAGGGAUGCUCUUCCCAAGGGAGAUGCUCUCCCCAAGGCUGAGGGAUGUCCUCCCCAAAGCCCAGGGAUGCUGUCCCCAAGGCUGGGACAUGCAUUCCUCCAGGGCUGCUCUUCCCAAGGAGCUUUCUCUCCCCAGAGCUCCAGCUCCAUCCCCGGGGGGUUGGCAGCUGGGUCCCCCCGAGUGGUGUCACAGAGCAGCAGGGCAGGGAGGGAGGUUGGGGACAGCCCCAUUCCCCUUCCUGGUGCCAGCCCUGCCACGGCCACGCUGCCCCUGCACCCCCUGGGCUGCCCCCUCCCCUUGCCCACGCUUCUGGCUGCACCUCACCCUCCACCUCUGGAGAUCCAGCUGCUCACCAGGACAUCUCUGCCCGUGGCUGCGCCCGUGCCCUGACCCCUCCAUCGUCACACGGCCACUGGGAACCUCCUCCAGGCCCUGGAGGCUGCCAAAGGCUCC